AUGUCUUCCUCAAACAAAACUUUCCAUGCUCGUUCAAUCAGUUUGCCCACCAGAUCCAACCCACUCGCUGCUGCAGUUGAGGCGCAGUUGUGCAAAUUGAGAUCUUCAGAUCUCACCUCAUCCAUCUCCAACAACUUUGUAGCUCUUAAAGACUUGUAUGCAUGUGUUGAGUAUUUCCUUUCCACCGCAGACGGAAAAUGCUUAGACGCAGUCUUGGACAGAUCUGUCAUGUUGUUGGAUGUCUGUGGAACUAUUAAGGAUGUUUGCUCUCAAAUGAAGCAAUCUGCCCAAGAUCUUCAAUCAUCUAUCCGCAGGAAAUCAAAUGAAUUUGACGCAUACAUUAGCUCAAGAAAGAAAGUCUGCAAAGUCAUCCAAAAAUGCCUUUCAGACAUUAAGAAAAACACCAACAAGAACAGUGAUUCCGUCGCUGAUGUCCUAACAGAAGUUGAAGCAAUUACCUUUGUAGUUUUUGAAUCUGUCUUGUCUUUCCUAUCUUCACCAAAGCAAAGGUCGCUAGUCUCAAGUUGA